CCGGUCCUCAUGGCGUAGGAAAAAAGAUGGGGCCGAACCCCCGCCCUCACCCGAUCUCGUCGGCGCCUCCCACGCUGUUCAUGGCGGCGGUUCCUCGGGCUCCGCCAUGAGCUCCGGGGCGGCCUCGGGCCGCAUCUUCGCGGAGGGGGAGGACUGCCGGGCGGCCUGGAGGGACGCGGCGGCCGGGUACGAUGAGCCCGAUGCCCACCUGGAGAUCCUGGGCAAGCCGGUGAUGGAGCGCUGGGAGACCCCCUACAUGCACUCGCUGGCCGGCGUGGCUGCGUCCAAGGGUGGCCGUGUGCUGGAGGUGGGCUUUGGCAUGGCCAUUGCAGCCAGCAAGGUGCAGGAGUUUGCCAUCGAGGAGCACUGGAUCAUCGAAUGCAACGAGGGAGUCUUCCGGCGCCUGCAGGAGUGGGCGAGGAGACAGCCACACAAGGUGGUGCCGCUGAAGGGGCUGUGGGAGGACGUGGUGCCAACGCUGCCGGAUGGGCACUUCAGGGGAAUCCUGUAUGACACCUACCCCCUGUCAGAGGAGACCUGGCACACACACCAGUUCACCUUCAUCAAGGACCAUGCUUUCCGCCUGCUGCAGCCCGGGGGGGUCCUCACCUACUGCAACCUGACCUCCUGGGGAGAGCUGCUGAAGACCAAGUACAGCGACAUAGAGAAGAUGUUUGAGGAGACCCAGGUAGGGCAGCUGGUGGAGGCUGGGUUCAAGAAGGAGAACAUCAGCACGAAGGUGAUGGACCUGGUCCCCCCCAAGGAGUGCAGGUACUACUCCUUCCCCAAGAUGAUCACCCCAACCAUCGUGAAGCACUGAGGGGGCCACAGCUGGGCACCAGCCCUGGAGGCUGCCUCCAGGUCACAGAAGCAAAGGCUGAGGAAGGAGGAGGAGGAGGAGGGUGUGGUGCCUCCAGGAGGAGAAAAGCUCUUAUCUGCUUUGGUGCUGAUGAAAGAUGAUUGAAGCUGAUUUGUCUGGAGGCAGAAGAUAGCUGGAGGCUUGGGCUGGACAUCCUGGGUGAUCUCC